AUGCAAGAUUGUUACAAUCUUAUGUUUUAAUUNUUGAAUUAAGUUAAAGCACCUAUUUUAGAUGCUACUAUUAUUGAUUCAAUGUUUUAGACUUGCAAUAAGGCUCUUGCUGCUAUAGUAAAAACAAAAGAAUCAAUUACUUAUGAAGAUGAAGAAUAAUUUGAAGCUGAUUGUGAAGAAAUUGAUUUAUUACUUGAUCACAUUACUAAUAUUGCAACUGAAUUAAUUUCUAAUCAUAAAUGUGAAUCUGUUUAAACUAUGAUGCCAACUUAUUACUCAUUUUUAAAUACAAAAUCAACUAAAUCAUAGACUAUUAAUUCUAUUGCAUUUUUCAAUAUUGUUUUACCUCUUUGUAAUGAAUCAGUAUUUUAAUAAGCAUAAAAUGAAAUAUUAAAAUGUUAUUCUACUUUUUCAAAAACAGCUGAUCUAGAAAUGAAAUAAAAUUUACUUUUUGGUUAUGGUAAUAUUGCAAAAAGACUUCCAACUUUAGAUACAACUCAAAUUAUAGAAUUAGCUUAAACAAUAAUUGAAUAACCUGAUUGCAAACAUGUUGAUAAAGUGGCAUCAUAUGAAACUGCUUUGACAACCUUAGGUAAAGUAGCCAUGUAUUGUAAUAUUGCUUAAAAAGAAUAACUUUUGACUAAAUUUUUAGAUUCUCUUCCACAUGAAUAUUAAGAUAAUUAAGAAACUCAUUUAAUGUUUAUUAAAGAAGUAAUUUUAUACAUUAUUAUAAAUAGGUUUAAAAUAACAAUCCAACUUUGAUGUAAUUUAAAGAUUCAGUAAUUCAAACUCUUAAUAGAAUUAAAACAUAAGAUUGUAACAAUCCUGAAAAUGAAUUAUUAUGUGAUGAAGGAAGAAAAUUGAUUUAAUAAUUAUUAUGUUGA